AUGGGCAUAAGAGAUCUGAAAGAGACGCAUGUGGUCCCGUCCUGGAUCUCAUUGUUUGCUGAAUUUUUGUGGACGGAAGAAUUUUACGGUGCUUUGUGGAUGUUCCUUAUGGAUGGGGGCUGGGAGUCUCACGUGGAAGAAUUGAUUCAUAUGGCUUCUGGCGGUCAAUGCCGUAGUGUCGCAUUAUCGAUCCCAGCUAGCCGUAAACAGAUUGACAUAUAUCUUGAAUUAUUUUGUUAG